AUGGCAAUGCAUCUCGCCAGUAUGGUACACGGCAGCGUUAGGGAGCGCGAGACGUUCCAGCACCCGACCUACUUCCAACAAUCGCAGCCUCGCGCAUUCCCCAUGUCGGGUGUUGCCGCUUCCUCAUAUCCAGUACACGCUCCUUCACAACCACAGCCACAGCAAGUCGAGCAACAAUACCGACAACAGCAUCACCACCAACAGCAACAACAACAACAACAACAACAACAACAACAACAACAACAACAACAACAAUACACCCACCAAGCACAGCAGCAACAGCAGCAGCAACAACGGCCGCAGUCGCCGCCAUCACCACCAGCAGAGGAGAAAAAGCCUUCACUGCCGUCAAUCUCAAGUCUCCUCGAGUUCGCCGGCAAUGAAAAGGCUGCAUCUGAGACGGCUUCUCUGAGUCCUCAGUCGCAACACCGCCAGUCAUCAUCGCCACAACUAAGGCAGGCACAGCAGGGAGGGGCAGCCACCAUGCAGCAACCAUCACAGACGGUCUUCGCUCAAGUUCCUGCGCCGAGCAACCCAAGGAUGACACUGCCUCCCACUCCCCCCAUGCAUCCAGACGUGGCCCACGACGGCACCCAGUCCCCUUCAGCUGCAUCAAACCACUCCGCUGCAUCGGCGCCCUACUUCGGCGGCUCGCUCAACAACAUGGAGCCUCACCAGCAACGCCAGACCUUUUCGUCAAUGCCUCCCAUGAAGCGCGACUCGUUGCCAUCGCACUCCAUGUCUCCUUACAGUACUUCAGUCUAUGGCCAGUCUCCCUACCAGUCCUCGCCAGGCGCUGCCUCCUCAACUUCGUUCUACUCGCCUGAGCAGCAUUCCUACAACAGCGCUGCCAUGUAUGCGCAGCGGCCCCUUCCCUCCAACUUCCAGCCGCACACAAUACCAUUGCCAGCACCUGUACCUAGCCCGGCUGGCAACGGCUCGAACCCGUGGCAACAUCACCACUACAUCAGCACCUCCAGCCAGUCCCAGUUUCCUCAGUCUCAGGAUCGCUACAUCUGCUCAACCUGCAACAAGGCUUUCUCGCGCCCAAGCAGCCUGCGCAUUCACAGCCACAGCCACACUGGCGAGAAGCCCUACAAAUGCCCCCAGCCUGGGUGUGGCAAGGCUUUCAGUGUGCGCAGCAACAUGAAGCGACACGAGCGAGGUUGUCACGCAGCUUCCAGCACCACCCUGACGACAUAA